CGCUUUUUCCCCUUCCCACACCGUGGCCGCCGGACCACUGGCAAUCCCCGUGAGGCGAAGCACACGGUCCUGCCGCGCGCGCGGCCGGAUCCAGUCGCAGUUCGAACCUCGAGGAGAUCGAGUGUGCGAGCAACCCCGUCGUAAUCCUGGACCACAUAAACGGACGCCUCGGAGGAUCGUGCCAGGAUCUUCUGGCAUGCGAUCAGGAGCAUGCAGCAGAAGCCACUGAAAGAGUUGGGUUUGUGCCUCAAUACCGGGAUAUCCACGAACAACGUUGUCGUCGCCGAAGUCUGCAACGAGACGCGCGGGGGACUUCCUCUUCUUCAGGUAUGGCCCAGCGACUCGCCCAGAGCCGACACCGACGGACAGGGCCAAGCUUUUGUAUUCCCAGACGUGCAGGAAAGUGUCAACGACAGCGGUAUCGAGUCCAUCCAGGCAUCGCCGUCGCCAUGCGGUGCCACCUGCAACAGCCCGGCGAUGACGCCGCAGCAGUCACGUCGCGCCAGUCUGCUGCAUCCGGAUCACGCGCGGCUACAGCUGCAUUACCUUCAUCACAAUCACCAUAACGCGGGAUCGAAGAGCCCACCGUCGCCCGACAGAACGUCCGUGGACGAGGACCAUGAGGACCGACCUGCGCCACCGAGUCCCUCCAGCUCGACCACCAGCAGCUUACGAUCGAUGCCGAGCUCGGCGAUCGUGUCGAUGCACUCGCAGGACAGGAGACGCAGCAGCAGCAGAUACAGUAUGUUCGAUGCUCUGGAUCUGGAGUACGCCCUGUUGAGAGCGGCGGCCCGUGGUUCCGUGGGCCCGUACUCCUUGUCGGAGUCCCUCCACAAACUGACCUUCACCCAGAGUCUGGCCUUUCCCGCCCUAGCGCGUGGUCUCGCCGCCAAACAAAGUGUGCCGAGCGGAAGAUCUCAGCAACCCACCGAGAGUGGAUUGAACGCCUUUGCCAAAGUGGUCACCGCGAUGGUGCUGAUGCUGGUGAGCGUGCUGGUAUUCGGUGUGGUCUACAAGUUCGCCAGAACGUGAGGCUGGCUGCUGGCACCCGGCCGAUAUCCUGGAUCGGCGCAGGACAACAAUCGCCUGGGUGCCGCCUUCAGCGAUCACGUCUGAUGAAGCCUGAGGAAAGGUUUAUAUCUCAACUCGCCCCGCGCGAGGAAAAGAACUAGAAGCGCCAAAAAAGACAGGCACAUAGUGCGACACAACUAAAAUGACAGUUAGUAUGACACUUUGACUCAACGUUCGUUAAAUUCUUCAACGGCGAGAUUAACGUGUGAAUGACGUGAGAGAUGAAUGAAAAGCUGAUGAUUGUUGAUAUACGGCUCACUCUAGAUGCGAUUAGCCAAGGUGUAAAAAGAUUUUAUACGAUAUCUUAUUGUCUUCACGUAACGAUGUAUGUAUUUAAGUAUUCGACGUAAAAUUUCGGCGAGAAGAUGACGCUGCCAUGAAAGGAAACGCGAGGUCGAUAAUGAAAGGCAUUUAAUGUACUUGAUAAGCUAUUCAUAACAGUCGACUCUUCAGAUCGACGAAAAAUAUGCGAAUCAAAUAUAUAUAUAUAUAUAUAUAUAUAUA